GACAGAGAACACCAUCCCUUCCACUUUCCUUCCUCACCGUCAUUCCUCAACGCCAAUGAAGGCGUUGCGAGCAACAUCAUUCCUAGCCCUGCCUGCUGCUGCCUGCAAGCCAGUGCCCACUCCACCACCGGCAUCCUGGCUUACUCUCAUUCUAUAUCUCUAACCCAUGGAAGGCUUAUGUCUGUACUCCAAGGCUAAGGAGAAAUCGUAAAGCCUUUCACUGCCUCAGAAAAAUGAGUGUUCGUGUAGAAUGUGUAACAAAUAAUGUUAGAAAAUAAUAAUGGGUGCUUGUGUUGUAGUGAGGUGCACCUCAUGUCUUCCCAUAUGAUGUGAUACCACUCUUGUGUUGAACACAUAGAAAAAAGACGUGAAUAUCGAGAUGUGAUGAACAGACGGGGUAACAAAGACAGGAGACGGUCCCACAGACACUCACAGCUCUGGUGUACAGACAUCACCUAACACGGGACCCCACGAGAUGCUACACAUCAGACAGGUGGUUGUAUGGUGGUGUGUGGCAUGGGUGGCCCUGGGUAUGGUGCUAGGCGCAGUCCCUGCCCAACACCAGCAGCAGGACGGUGUUGUCUUUCAGGAGCUAGCAGGUGAAGGGAGCCUAGAGGGAAGCCUGGAGGUUCGCAGUGAUCCUGGUGAGGACAGUGGAGCAUCACCGUGUCCAGCCUCUUGCUUCUGUGAGGAGGAGGCCGGGUACGCCACAUGUGUGGGUGACGGGCAGUGGGCCCCACCGAUGCUACCCUCUGGUCUGACCCGAGUCGAGCUGCGAGGCUUCCUGGUCCCCGAGCUGGGAACUAUGCAGCUUCAUCACCUUCCUGGCCUUCGUGAGCUACAACUGAACCAGUGUAACCUUUCCAGGCUGUAUAAUGACGCCUUCGCUGCUAUGGCAGAGCUGGACCGGCUAGACCUCUCGGAGAAUAGACUCGUCAUUCUCGGGCCGGACUCUUUCCGCGGACUAAGAUCGCUGCGCCAUCUAGAUUUGUCUGCCAACCGUCUGGCGAACCUGACGCAGCCGUUCACUCACCUGCCAGCGCUCCAGCAUCUCAACUUGAGGGACAACGCCCUCACCAGUCUUACCAAAGACACGUUCCAGGGCCUGGACCGAGUCCAAUACGUGAACCUGGACGCAAAUAAAAUAUUCUCCGUUGAAGUGGCUGCGUUCCAACACUUGACUAGUCUGGCCCACCUCAUCCUCUCCAACAACCCGUUGGCGUCUCUAGCUACGCUGGACUUCUUCGGUUCACGGCUGCAGUACAUCGAUGUCUCUAACAUUGGCAUCAGCAGAGUGCCUCAAGCUCUCACUCAGUUUGUUCGGGAUCUCCGCCUGGCGAAGAACUCCAUCAGGGAGAUACAUCGCGGCGACCUGGACUCAUAUCCAUACUUGGGACUCCUCGUUUUGGAUGACAACAGUCUGGAGGUUCUUGAAGAAGAUUCACUCGGCCGCCAUGAGUACUUGGCUCGCCUGUGGCUUAAUGGCAACAAGCUUAAAAAUAUUCCUCUGUCCCUCCCUCCUGCCCUCAGAGCCGUCUACAUUGAGGAGAACCUUAUAACCGCACUUCAUGAAGGGGACUUCAGAGGUCAGUCUAACCUGGAGCAGUUGUUCCUUCAGCGUAACCACAUCGCUACCAUCGCUCCGUGUUCCCUCUGCGAACUAACAAGCCUAAAAACUCUCGAUUUACAAGCUAAUCGCCUGACUAACUUAACAGGUCGAAUAUUCUCUCGACUUGCAAGUCUGGAGACUCUAGACCUCUCUCAGAACCCUAUUCUGAGCCUUGACGCAGACGUCAUGACAGGACUGACGUCUGUGCGCGUCUUGCAGAUGUCUCGCAUUCACUCAUCAUCGGUGCAGAUCCCAGACACACUCUUCGACCCGCUGAAGGGCUUGCAGAUCCUGGAGAUGUACGGGUCCCCGAGGCUGGUUGCUCGUCUGGUCAACACUACCAGGACGCUUCACUCACUCCGAGGCAUCAGGGAACUGAACAUCAUGCACAAUGACCUCUCAGCGCUCAGGCCAGACUUCCCAGCAUUCUUUCCCAAGCUACAGGUGGCUAAGCUGAGUGGCAACACCUGGGACUGCAGCAGGUCCUCACAGGUCAUCUGGAUGAAGCACUGGAUGACUCACUCACCUGUCCACUUCUACAGGUCCUACAGCAUCAGAUGUUCAACACCUGCUUCUUUUGGGUACAAGCCUGUGAUGCUUCUGGAAGACACUGACUUCCCCUCCUCCACUGCCUUUAACAGUAGUGAACUACCAUCAACCACCAGCGAUAGUACGACCAUCCUGGCUACUCUGACUACCUCACCUGCUCAUAGACUAGCCUCUGCCAUCCCUACGCUACAAUCCUGGACGAGGACUCCAUUUGUGAAAGUGGAGAAUGUUAGCGACACGGGUUCAGCGGAGGACAGUGAAUCAGAGUUGUGGGUUAAUGACACAGCCAGGUACUCACAGUAUACUCCUGCAGGAGGCCCACUGGAUACUGCUAAAGGGGCUGACUCGAACUCUUCACUGGCUAGCCUCGUCACUCUUUCUCCUGAUAGCAAUUAUUUCAAAAUUUCUACACUGGAGGAAGGCGCUUCCAGUGAGAAGGUGAUGACGGAAGCACCAAGCCAAGGCUUUAGAGAACUCGUUGGUGUCAACGGUAACAGUGUUGGAACAACGAGUGCUCUGGCGACAGCGCUCUCAGCCACCUCAAGGGAAGGUAAUGCAACUAAAGGAAUGGCUCCCACAGCAACGCCUACUCCAGCAACCACAGCAGGUGCAACAGCAACCACGUCCAGAGCAUCCAUCAAGACACACCCAUACUGGGUGAUUCACAACAGAAUGCCACCCAAGAAUCUCACACUGACAGCUAGACACACCAGCACAACACUGCCUGUCAAGGCACACGUUCAGAAAACAGCAGAGGAGAGAAGAAUAAAAAAGAUAUUGAAGAAAGCUAAAAAGAAUGAGAGAGGGUCUUCCAGGACCCCUCAGAGAGAGGACUCGGGUCACAGACCUGUCACACUGGACCACAACAAGGACCUGUGGAUCUAUCGUGGCGACAACAGUCAUGGGUUGAGUCCUGGACAACCUCUGCCCCUGGGGCUUGGUCAUGGGCGGGUGAGUGACGGAGCUGUCGUAGGUGCGGGUAUCGUGGCAUCCUGUGUGGGUAUCGCCCUUCUGGUGGGCGGGUUCCUGCUCGCCCGUGGGCGUGGUAAAGCAGGACACAUGUGGGAAGGGUCAACUUACUGGCGGGAAGGUUCUGACGAUGACGUAGUGAUGGCUGUGGGUGCCACGGGCGUGGUGACAGAGACUGAAGGCACUGUGGGCGUGGUGACAGAGACUCACAGAGGUCUUAAUAACCGUCUAUACCUCUUGCUACAGAGAGACUCGGUUACAGGCAUCACCCCGGAUACAUUACCCGACCCUAGAGGUCACUCCCCUGCCCCUGAGUGGCACCGAUAAGCUCCAGAGUGGCACUGGCCAUGUCCAGAGUGGCACUAUCUCCAGAGCGGCACUGACCAUCUCCAGUGGCACUAUCUACAUAGUGGCACUGACCACCUUCAGUAGCACUAUCUCCAGAGUGGCACUGACCAUCUCCUGAGUGGCACUGACGCAAUCCAUAGCAUUACCCUCCCGACACUUCCGUUCCUGGCCACAACUUGUCUCUCCACCAUAAAUCUUAACAACAAACUUCUAAAUUCUGGCCGCAGAAAUAUUUCGAGUAAAUUCCCUCCCCACCCACAAGAGUGCAACUUUGAGCUUAGAAAAACCUUGAUGGUUCUGUCUGUCAAAUAAACACACAAACAGUUGACCAGGCUGUUAAUUUCAUUAAUUGUCAUGACGACUGAACCGAUUAAAAACAACCUGGUAAUAACGGGGCUCAUAAACAGCACAACCCGGAGAUAACUUGACCUGGAAAUACCGUGACCAGGCAAUACCGUGACCUGGAGAUAACGUGACCAGGCAAUACCGUGACCUGGAAAUACCGUGACCAGGCAAUACCGUGACCUGGAAACACCGUGACCUGGAAAUACCAUGACCUGGAAGUACCGGGAACUGGAAAAAAUACGACCCGGAAAUAGCGAUCUCUCGCUUUAAUAAAACUCAUAAAAUACUGCGGUGCAUUGAAUUGUUUAAGAUUUAUUGAUCAACAAUACGUAUUGUAUGAUACUGUAUAAUACUGUAUAAUACUGUAUUGAUGUAGUGAGAGCAGGGUAGAGAAAGUGAGAGUGAAAAGAGUUUGUCAGUGGACAGGAGAGAGAGAGAGAGAGA